CCGUCUCCUCCCUCCUUCUCUUGCUCCUCCGACGGCUCCUUCCUCCCUCCUCAUCAUCGUCAUCAUGGGCUUCGGUGACUUGAAAUCUGCGUCUGGACUCAAAGUUCUGAACGGGUUCUUAUCGGACCGGAGCUACAUCGAGGGGUAUGUCCCCUCUCAAGCCGACGUGGCCGUCUUCGAGGCGAUCCCGGCUCCGCCCACCACUGACCUAAGCCACGCCCUCCGCUGGUUCAACCACAUCAAGUCGUACCAGAGCCAGAAGAGCAGUCUCCCAGGUGUGAAGAAGCCUCUGGGUCAGUACGGCCCCCCAGGUGUUGCCGACACCACCUCUGGCUCCGCCCCCGCAGCCAAGGACGACGACGACGAUGAUGACAUCGACCUGUUCGGCUCCGACGAAGAGGAGGACGCGGACGCAGCCCGGCUGAAGGAGGAACGUCUGGCUCAAUACGCUGCUAAGAAGUCAAAGAAGCCCACCCUCAUCGCCAAGUCUUCGAUCCUAUUGGACGUGAAGCCGUGGGACGAUGAGACGGACAUGUCGAAGCUGGAGGAAUGUGUUCGUAGUAUUCAGAUGGACGGGCUGAUCUGGGGACAGUCCAAACUGGUCCCAGUGGGUUACGGCAUCAAGAAGCUGCAGAUCGGAUGUGUGGUGGAAGACGACAAGGUGGGCACAGACAUUCUGGAGGAACACAUCUCGGCCUUUGAGGACUUCGUUCAGUCGAUGGACGUCGCUGCUUUCAACAAGAUCUGAAAACAAAACGUUAAUAAUAAAAAGCACUUCGACACAAAA